GUCGCCGUGAGGUGAUAGCCGUCGCGUGCCGAUCGGACAACCUGGUGCCGACGCGUGCACGGAUGAUGGAAGUAAGAACUCGCGUUCGUGCGUCCGCGUGGAGCACUAAGGGUUGAAGUUUCGGAACUCCGGUGGCCUACUUCGGCACUGUCCUCCGGACGGAGGGCGCGCGAGGAUGUCUGAGAGAUGACUGUAUACUGAGGAGGAGAGGGCGCAGUAGCUUUGAAGGUUGCUGCCGCCUCGGUUUGGUGGAAUGGAGAUGAACGGCACCGAAAGCAGCCUGAACGGCACCGAGGUCAAUCGUACUUCCGCGCCGAUCUUCACCAUCGGCACAGACUUCAUCACGCAAUGGAAGCUGAAGAGACAACGGGAGCGCCUAUGUCGAUUCGUGUUUAACCAGAUUUUGACACCAGAAUGUACCCAGCUAAAUGGAACAUGGCCUGACCCGGAUGACCCGCGCUGGAACAGUGGUGAAUACGCGGAACUUCUGCCUGACUGGUUCCCGACAAACGCGACGAAUGCCUCGUCUUUUGGAAACGCAACGGCCACGUCGCCGACGUUGGAUGAAUUUCUCGCGCCCGUUUUGCCACCAUUUACGCUCUGGCAGACCGUACUGAUUGCUAUCUGCUUGGCGAUAUGCAUACUGCUAACUAUCGGCGGUAACAUCCUCGUUCUUCUGGCAUUCAUCGUAGAUAGAGCCAUCAGGCAACCAAGCAACUAUUUCAUCGCAUCAUUAGCUGCCACUGAUAUGCUUAUCGGCACCGUGUCGAUGCCGUUCUACACAGUCUACGUGUUAAUGGGAUAUUGGAAUCUGGGACCUCUCCUCUGCGAUCUAUGGCUGUCAGUGGACUAUACGGUAUGCCUUGUAUCCCAGUAUACUGUUCUCCUGAUCACGAUCGAUCGAUUCUGCUCGGUGAAGAUAGCCGCGCAGUAUCGCAGCUGGCGGACGAAGCAGCGCGUAAUCUGGAUGGUGACCAUCACUUGGAUCAUACCGGCGCUACUGUUUUUCAUUAGCAUCUUCGGUUGGGAGCACUUCAUCGGCUACAGAGACCUACAACCAGGCCAGUGUGCCGUACAGUUCCUCAAGGAUCCGGUAUUCAAUACCGCGCUGAUAAUAGGAUAUUAUUGGACGACGCUGAUCGUUCUGUUCGUCCUUUACGGCGGCAUAUACAAAACCGCCUAUGACAUGCAGAAGAAAAGCGAGGCCAAGCAGCGCAAGAUGCAAUCGAUGGUCGCGCUCAGCGCCGGCGCGAUGUCCGGCAUGGCCGGUCGCGCCGCUGGUAUAGGCAUUUCUAAGACACAGAGCACCUUGCUGAGCCAGGACAAACCGAAGAUCGGGGUCACGUCGAUGGACGACAGUGCCAUCGGCGCGGACGCGAUGACCGCGCAGAAAAUGGUCACGAAGAAAACCACGGACGGUACGACGGCGUCAGAUUCCGCAAACAAGAAUAUUUCCGCAAAUAUCACGGUCAUGGAAACUGACAAGUCCGAACAUUCCAGCAGUCCUAUUUUCGACUCCGACGACGAGAGCACCGUUGGUGGAACGACGCAGCAGGUCAAUACCGUCAGAAAGCGAUCCUCGCUAGCGGGUCUGGUAGCCCAAUCCGGCGCUCUCCAGGUUUUCGCCACCAAUGGACGCCUAAACGGCAUUGUGCCGCUCAAGGUCGAGCUGAGUGUGCCAACGGCGAGGAAACUAUUGCCGACGAGUCCUACGCGCGACACGCCGACGCAUAAAGCUCAAACACUGCCGAAGAUACAGGAGCUCAGUCUUCUGGACACCGACAAUCCCGCCGAGCUCGAUAAGUCCAGCAGCCGGACGUUGACGCCGGAACAAUCCUUGAAACUUAGCGACGCCGACGGCAAUCAACAAUCGAUCGUUACGGUCGAGGUGACGCCACCCGCUCAACUUAAGCGAGCGUCGAUCAAUAGCAGUCAACAGAACAUCAUACCACCGCCCAUGCAAUUCCAAAGCAGCCCGCCGAUAUCGGACAGCCCGACGACGUCCUCGUCGACCGACAGACCUAGAUCGUUGAUCGUACGCUCCCACGGUCAUGGCACUUACGACAUUCUCACCGGUCUGGACGGCGGUGAGCUGCGAUACAUGGACGAGAGCUCCAUCAUCGUGCCCAGUCCUUCUUACGAGAGUCCACCGUCUUCCUUCUCCUGCAGUCUGGCGAAUCCGCUGUCGACGGCACCCCCGUCGCCCAUUCUGGGUAGCAGCGCGACGACGGCCGCGAAUACCAGCCUGUUGCAGACCGCUCUUAUCAGGGCGACGGCGCAGCAAGCUGGUACGAGCCAGCUCGCACAAAUUGCACAGAGCAAACAGCAUCAUCCACCUACAAUGUCUAACGCAUCGAGUCAAACGCACCCGCCGCGCGUGUUCAUCACACAUCAGACGAACGUCGCGUCACAGACGUCACCUAUCAGCAAGGUACACACGGCGGUCUCCGUCAAUGUCGACAGGACGAAGCGUCAACCGGUGACGACGGUGGUCACAACGACUGCGGCUAUGCCGGUGGAAUCGUCUAAUAACACGAUGGAACGAUUCUCGGAUCAGCCUAUGAAGGCGAGUAGAAAUCAGCCGCAGAACUCGUCGUCCAGCAGUAUAAUUCUGACGGCCUCGGCUACCACGAAUAGCCAGGAAGUGAAGAGUCAGUCGAAGAAGAAGAAUGAAUCGUUGGAUGGAGAGCAUAGCGGUUCCAGGCGCGAUUUCGUCAAGUCUAUCGGAAAGAGGUUGAAGGCCAAAGCGAAGAAGGACCUCACGGUUGGCCGGCAAAAAUCGCGAACGGAGAAUAGAGCGCGCAAGGCCUUUCGCACGAUAUCCUUCAUUCUGGGGGCGUUUGUCGCUUGCUGGACACCUUAUCACGUGUUAGCACUGGUAGAGGGCUUCUGUGCAAAUCCACCGUGCACGAACGAGCACCUCUUCAUGUUCUCAUACUUUCUGUGCUACGCCAACAGUCCCAUGAAUCCUUUCUGCUAUGCCCUGGCGAAUCAGCAAUUCAAGAAGACCUUCACCAGGCUACUGAGGGGCGAUUUUCAUAUGACGUAAAGUAUCACGGGUCGUUCAACGGAAUAUUCGUUUUGAUAAUAUAGCUAAUGUAAGAGACACGGACUGUUUUCUCUUUUUUUUCCGGAAAAGAUGGCCUUCCAUAUUUAAUACCGAAUUACACUCACUUGUCGUAACUGUGGUGAACUCGGACAAUAAUAAAAUGAGAAUAAUAUUUUAACACUCGCCGGCGAAGUCAGGUCUUAGGCGCCUUUUGUACAUAAUACGCACUCAAGCCAAUCGAAAGUCAUUAAACUCGUAUGUACAUACUCUGUACACAUGUGUGCAUAUUUGUUAACGUUAUGUGACCAGGACGCGCGCGUAUAACAGAUGUAUGUGCAUGUAGUAUUAGAUAAUUAUAUGUGUACCACAAUAAUAAACACUAUGCUGAAUCGGAGAUGCAUUCCUAAUAAAUUGCGGUUUAUGCGGUACCGCAGCGAGAAUUUGUGAGAUUUAACUCUGCAUGGAGAACGACGCGCGCGUUACGAUUAUUAAAGUAUAAUUCCGUAAUUUAAUAGUAAGUACUUAACGUAAGCCGAACGAAGGAACAUCGUUCAUCACGAAAGACGAAAAGUGAAAAUAUUAAGUAAUAUAAGAUGAUAUCCGGCUGUAUAUUAUAAUAAAACGUCGCUUUGGGAAUAAAGGACCGGCUGUGUUAUGCAACGUCAGUCGCUUCGAAUAAAGGACCAUCUCCUCUUGUUGUAAGCAGUAAUCGUGGAGCGUUUUCGCGUUGCAUUAUUAAUCUCUCUUUCUCUCUCUCUUCUCCCCCCCCCUCUUUUUCUCUCUCCCCGACAUGUUGCAAAAAUCUCAUUUGCUAAGUUAUUUGACGUACUAUCUCUUUUUUAUUUUUACAAACAACGAAUCAGCUUGAGGUAGCUCGCCUUCAUAGAAGUACCGGAUAUUGAUGAUUUUUUUUACGGCUCUCUCGAUCAUGGAUCGGAAUAUACACUGCCUUGAGAUGGCCUAAUAUGCAGGCCUUUUCUCUUCGAAUUUUGUGACACCUGGUACUCUCCUCACAAACGAGCUUCCAUCGAAGUCUGAUCGACGUUUCGUAGAGUUACAUUAGCAUCUCUGACAACACGCUUAGAGAAUAUCCCAUCUUAAUAAAUAUUUAACAUUGAUUAUUCAGCUAAUUGUUGAUUAUCAAUUAAUUAUUUAAUUAAAUAUUUUUGUGUUUGAAUAAAUAUUUUUUGCUAUUAGCCUGAAUAUUUUUAUCAUUAGCAUUAGCCACGUUUCAAAAUAAUCUUUACAUAUAUUUUUAUAUUAUACAUUUUAUGUAUUUUAAUUAAAAGGUUUGGUGUGCGUAUGUUAUAAUUAUUGUGCCGCAGAUGCAAACAGGUAUUUGAAGUUGCUAGCAGACUGUGAUUAUUAUUCACACGGCAUCACAAAGCUUUGUUUCAGUAUUGCUUACUUUUAAAAAUAUUUUUUCUCGGAAUAAAACGCCUAAUUUUUUCAAUCCCUUUUUCAUAUCAAAUACAUGUAUAUCUCGCGAUUACUGCAAAUUAUAAACAAAAUGCAUACGGAUGCAAAAUACAAAUUGUGACAAGCAACUCAUAUUCAUAUGUCUCGUCAUAUUUUAAUAAUAUUCAUAAAGGCAUUACCUCUGUUAUCUUUGUUUGCGAAUAAAUCAAAUACACGUUCACAUACACACGUAAAUGCAGGAAAUCAAAAUUAUAACUCCUCUUAAUUAGUAGAACUAAUUUAUCAAAAGUCGUGUAUCAUUGAAGAUAGGUAGUUGCAACGCUUGCGGUGUAAAAGCUAUAAAUAGUUAAUAAACUAAUUAGCAAUUGAGGAAGCAAAUAAACAAAAUAAAAAUUUACAUUUUUAUAUUUAUAUUGUACAAGAGCUAUAUAUAUCCCAAGAUAAAAAAAUAAAUUAAUUAUUAUUUCAAAUUAUUAUUUGUUUUAGUAUUUUAAUAGUGUACACACACACACACAUACACACACACACACACACACACACAUUAAAGUAGAUCUAUUAAUCAAUGGUAUUUACAAUAGAUUGCAUCAAUCAAUCAAUCAAUCAAUCAAACAUUAAAAUUGUUUAAUUGAUGAAACAAAGAACUAACUUACUUUUUUCAUCUAAUUGCUUUUCAAUUGUAAUCAGUGCAUAUUUUGAAAAAAAGACAAUAUAUAUUCAAUUGAAUAUCUUAGGAACUUAAAGACAGCUCUCAAUUAGAUGUUACUUAAAUAAAAUUCAGGUACUUUACCAAUCUAAAUAAUUCACAAACUUUAGAAUUACAGACUUGUUACGUGCUAUGAAGUUAUAGGCGAACAGUUAGGGUGCUUAAUUAAAUGAACUCAUAUGACCCUCGUAAGACGCAUGUUUUUUCUACCUGUUAUUUCUACCUCUUAUUUCUACUAGCUUUAAUACGUGAGAUUAGAAGGAAUGUCCAAUAAGCAAAUAAAUCGUUUUUAAUUGCCGAUUGAUUAGAAGUAGCACAUUUUUUAUUGUAUCAUAGAUUUUAUUGUAUAAGUUUCCUACGUUUAUAUAAUUUGAUACGUACGCGAUUGCUUCGCUCGUAAAUUUUAUCUGAUAAUUCCGCUGCAACAUCUUAUCAACUAGAAACGUGUCAUGUUCUUCCACAGAAAGUACAGAGUGUCCUAAGAAAUAAAUAGGGAUUUUAUAUUAACAUUGCAUGAAUGGCAUUAAGGCAAUAUGAAAUCGCCAGGGGACAUUUUGGCACUUUGGAUAUCUUCCGAAAUUCACUGCCAAUAGCGAGAGUUAUCCUGUUCCUUCAUUAUGCUAAAUAUACCUGUCAUAUACGUCAAAUCAGUCAUAUACGUUUUAGAUGUUAAGGCCAUCUUAACAUCAAAAUGACAGACCUAAUCAAAUUGUCUAAUAAAUUAAUUAAAAUUAAUCCGCGGGAAUACUAGUAGAGCGUUUCAAUCCGGUUUGAAAUUCUGCUUCUGACACAUAAAUCACUUAUUCGUAAGUUCACAAGUUAAUUUAUAUCAUUAAAUGUAAGUUACACUUGAACAAAUGAACGAUACGUUUACGUUAUGCUUUUCUAGUCUUAAAAUAUUUCGAGGUACGCUUGUUUCUUCACGCGUUUGCCGUUACCUGUGCAAGGGUAGAACGAUACACGAUAAUAAUUUCUCGUGAAAAAGAAUGCGAGGAAAGUUCGUUAAGAUCAAUAACGUUAAUAAUCAAUAACAAAAAAAAAAAACGUUCCGCUUCUGUGUCUUGGCUAUCUAGAACGUAAUAUGUUGGCGUCGUUACGAUUAAUGCUAGGACAUAGAGUCAUAGAGUAAGUGAUAAUAAUCUGCUUUGCCAACAAAAAAUCAACUUGCAUCAAAACAUAUUACCGUGAACGCAGAAUUCUUCGAUACGACCGAUGCGUAUAAACGAUACUCCGCUUAAUAAGACUUAAGUCCAAAGAUCAGCUUAACUGAUCGAGAAGGAAACGAUACGUCGCAGCUCUAAACGUAGGAAACUUCUCUCUGUAUGAUAUGUAGUCUAUAUUAAAAUAUAUAUGAUAAGUGUGCAUGUGUGUACGUGUGCGUGCGUGUAUGCGUGUGUGUGUGUGUGUAGUACUGGCACAAAUAGUAUCGGUACGCUUAUUGUACAGAGAUAACAGACUUUGUAGAAAAAGAAACAACUUAAUCGGGCGCCAUGUAGCGUGUAUACAAAUAUGCAUAUAUUCGUAGCGUGACGAUGGGUAGGCAGCCUACUCAUCUAAGCAGCUGCUUAACGCUAAAAAGGGGAGAAAAGCCGGUAGACGGUGCAAUAUCUAGCGAACAAAUAUAAUUAGCUCUAGGCAAUAGCAUGAUUAAAAGAAGCGCAGGUAAUAAAAAUAGCUGCGUGGAGCCUACGUGAGACCGUAUUAUAUAAAGCAUAUUGUCUAGAUCAGCGAGUGGAGAAAGUAUAUAUAUUUGAGCAUUAUAUUUCCCUCUCGGCGAUCACGCUUUUAUUAUAGAUUACUCGUAUGUGCGCAAAAGCGACGAUCAUCAAAAUUGUGCGCGACGGGUCGGAAAAUAUUUAUGAUUAAUGUGCACUUUAUGCUCGAUCAAUUUCAAUUUGAUCCUACCGUGGAAAAUUUAAAUAACGAAUUCUUCGUCUGUAAACAAUUUACAUGAGGGGAAUAGAAUCUGUCGUAUUUGCUUCUAUUUACUUAUAUGGAUUCUAUUGAAAUGCGUUUCGAAUUCUUUGCACGUUUCGUGAAAAUAAUUGUUGAAAUUAAAAUUAAAUAUACGCGUGCACAUGAAUAUUAAACAAAAAAAAAUUAACGCAAUUAAAAGUGAAUUAAAUAUUUGGAACGUGUGUUUCUAAUAAUUGUCUUAUAAUUUGCGCUUUUAUUGCGUGCAUGCCAGAAGGAAAAUUAGUUUGAUAAUUAUGUAAUAUUAUUUCAAGUUUUUUCUAAACAGAAAUAGCGUGAGAUCAAAUUGAAAAUGUAAUUACUACUAAAUUGUGGACAAUAUAUCCUGUUCGUCCGACAAUCUUGAUUUUUUUUUAAUUUCUCAAAAUUAUUCCUUUUAAUUCCUCUUUACACAUUUUUAUUCUCGAUUACUUUUUUAUCUCUCGCCAUUUUAUUUCUUACGCGUAUAUAGUUUAUAAAAAAUAUAGUGUAUGUUAUGUAAUAAUUAUACAAAUGCAUUAUAAUCUACUUUUAGAAUAAUGCGGCAUGCUCUGAUUGUGAGUAUGUGAUCGAUAUCUAGAGAUAUAUUCGCUAUGCGUAAUGUCAAAUGUCUACCGCAAAUUGGCAAUUCAAAUUAAUGUACAUGUGAUUAAAUUAAGGUUUCGAAUGAAAUUGUGACAUAAGUGUUAUCAAGUAGCAAUCAAUUUUUAUUUAUUUUGCAUCUCCAUAUGCAAGCCAUGCACGAAAGUGCACAUAUAUACAUAAUGAUGCGCGUCCUGAAGUAUAAAUGAUAUUUAAUUGCUGAACCUGUAAGUAAAAAUGAAUAUAAUAAAGUGAGACAAUGAAA